AUGGAGAAAGAUGACCAGGCCACCUCGAGGUCCGCCACGGCGAGCAUCGAUGAGCAAACGCUGGCGCAACUGCAGCAGGACAAGGCCCACCAUGCUCCCAACGGCACCUUCCUCAACCCCUGGUCCACUUUCGUUGCGCGCAACCCCAAGGACUUUCUCAAGUUUGUGAGCGGCAAUGGCGAGUCAUUCCCGGACGCCGAGCUCCUCCGCAAGGUCAAGGCUUCCCUCGCCGCAUUGCUUAGAGUGACCUACCCGAUCGCUGCGGUGGUGCCGGAGGCCAUCGCGACUCCUGCUCCCGGUAGCCUGCAGGCCACUUGGAUUGUGUGGUCCGACCUGUUGAGCCCGCCUUGGCUGAGCAUGCUGGGCAUUCCUCGCUUCACGCCACCCCCGAUGACCAUCGACGAGCUUCCCGCCAUCGACGUCGUCGUCCUUUCGCACAACCACUACGACCACUGCGACGCUGACGCGCUACGACGACUGGCGUCCCUGCCCACGCCGCCGCUGUUUAUUGUGCCGCUGGGACUGGGCGAGUGGCUCAGGGCGAACAACGGCACCGAGGACGAUCCGUCCACGGUGAUCGAGCUCGAUUGGUGGGAGGACCACGUCCUACCGAGCAAGUGGCCCGCCCCCGAGCGCAGCGGCGACUGCGACGAUGACGAAGCGGAAGAAACUGAGCGCGAGGAAGCCGAGCCGCAGCGCCAGCCGGGACUGCGCAUCAUCGCCACGCCCUGCCAGCACUGGAGCAAUCGCGGGCUCUUCGACAAAUGCAAGUCGUUGUGGUGCAGCUUCGCUCUGCUGGGCCAAACGCAGAGGGUCUUCUUCGCAGGUGACACGGGCUACUGUCCCGUCUUUGAGCAGAUCGGCGCCCUGCUCGGUCCGUUCGACUUGGCCGCCCUCCCCAUCGGUGCCUACGAGCCCCGAGAGACGCACAAGUCUGUCCACAUCAACCCGGCGGAGGCGGUCCAGAUUCACGUGGAUGUGAGGGCACAGCUCAGCAUCGGCAUCCACUUUGGCACGUUUGGCGGACGCCUCUUUGGGUACCGCCCCAUCUUGCGGCCGGUGCAAGAUCUGGCCGUGGAGCUGGAACGGCGCGGCAUCGACCCGGCGCACUUUGUCACCCUCGCCCACGGGCGCACACUGGCCUUGUGA